UAUAACUGUUUUUUACAUUUUGUGUGUUUUGCUGGCAUUUAUUACUUUCUUUGGUAUCUUGUGGGAAUUUUAUUAGCUGCUGGAGUUGUUGCCCAGCCAUGACCUCUAAAUCCUCACUUUAAAGUCUUCUGGACUAGAGAGGUAGAAUGGUCUGAAAAUCCAUUUGAAGGCUACUUUGGAAAUAGCACACCUCCAGCGAGACAUUAUUCCUUGCCUCCACAGGGAGAUUUUGAAAUAUGCAGUUUGUUUUUGGCAUUCUCUGAGGUGAACAGAGUGGUAGACAAUUGUGGGAAUGGAGGUUAUCUCUAGUUUACCCUUAAGGUACAGCUGUGGCUUUAUGUAAGAUUUUCCAUUUAGGAAGGGGCCUUUUCCCUAUACCUUGCUACCACCCGGUGAAGUUCAUUUCGCUUGGAAAAGCUGUCAAGCUGAACCAACCUUGGGUAUAUACUUAACCUCAAGGGCUUCUCAUUUCAUUUUGUUUUUUGGACUCUUGUGCAUAUUUUACUAAUGUCUUAGUAAAAUAUGUCUUAUCAAUGUCUUAUCUGGCACACUUCUCAGAGAGCUGUACGGAGGCACAAUCAGGAGGAUACUAGUUAUUAGCAGGUCCGGUCAUGGGUGCGAUGUCCAGUACCCUGUAAUUCUUAGCCUUGUUCUCGGUUGCUAAUCAGUUGUGUGUGUGUGUUUUUAAUUCAACAUCAUAUUAUGUCUCUACAGUGGAAAGAUUUUGUCUUUUUCCAAGUCAGACACUGGCAAGAGCAUAAUAAUUCUAAAUAGCAUUAAAAGGAGCAAAAGUAGCUUUUUUUGGAUUAUUGGUAUACUUAGGCAGUAAAAGAUAUGUGCAGUGGCAGGCAUACGUAAAAGUUUAUUUUUAAAUCACUCUUGUUCAUCAAGAUUGUUUCUCCAGAUCUUUCUGUAUUUUAAUUCAAUGAAUACCACACAUAUAAAUGAACAUUUUGCCAAAAGAGGGCAGUAUUCACCUACAGCAGGAUGUAAAGAGGCUGAAAAAUUACUACAAAAAGGAUGAAUUUAUUUUUCCUCCUAAGGUUGAUAAAAUUUGACAAUACUCUCCCUACUCAGUAGAUUGGUCUUUCAAUCUGGUCAUAAGAUUCACUACCCACAUUUUAAUUUUUCGAUUUUAUAUUUUUAAAACCUUUGAAAAAAAUUUUAAAAACCCGCUUUCAGAAUAAUUAAAAAGUGGAUGUUUUAACUGUAGUUAAAACAUUUUAGUGUUCUGCUGUGCAGAAACAUUUUCCCCCAAAGGGGCUGCUCAUCUCAGCGAACUGUGGCCAGGGGAACCUGCAGAUGCACAGCACUCUCUAUCCAUCACCUGCUCUGUUCAGGUUCUCACACAAGUUGUCCAUUGGUUGUUUCCUAAUCAAGCAAGUACGUGAGCAAAUGAUCUUAGACAUUAAAUAUUAAGGAAAUCAAAAGUAGAUGUAUUGCAUCUUACAUAAGUGAAAUGUAUUGGGUUUAGGAGUAGAUAGAUUCUAGCAAGAAGUGAAACUUUCAAACCAUGGUUUAGAAGGAAGGAAUAUGUGUAUCUAGAUGAACUAAUUAGAACUGCCUGCCCUUUAGGAUCUGGCAAUGUUACCAGAUAAAAAGAAAAGCUGUUCUGCAUGGAUUCAAUAAAUACUUAAUCAACAUGAGCUUCAAAAGGACAGCUUGAGGCUAAGAGACUGGGGCUUACAGAAAACAUGCAGUGGAAGCAACUUUGGAAAAGUUUUUAUUUGCAUUCUACUGCUGAAAGAGGCUUUUGCACUCAACAAGCUUCUCAUCCUGUCUGUCCCUGGGAGUCUAGUGCCUCCUAGAGCUGUAGCGCCCUCAGCCCUGUAACGUGAUCUUGCUCCUCCUGGAUUGGUCAGGGGGUGCCUUUUCUCUGGGAUCUGCUUUCAGCCACUGCUCCCAAGCCUGGCUCAGCCUAGCCCCUAUCAUUUGCACCGCACAGCUGCUGCUGCUGCUGCUGUUGCUGGUAUUCUGCCUGUGGCUUUGCCUCUGCAGCAUCGGGUGGAGUGAUGGAGCCCAGACUGCUCUUUUGGACCACCUGCUUCCUCGUGGCCAGCUGGUGCCUGCCGAUGCUGCCCUGCCCUAGCCGGUGCCUUUGCUUUAAGAGCACCACUCACUGCAUGCACUUGAUGCUGGACCACAUCCCUCAGGUACCACAGCAGACUACAGUCCUUGACCUCAGAGACUCUGCGGUACGCUAUAUUCCUGGCCUAGUUUUUAAAAAAAUUAAAAAUCACUGAGGAUUAAAUACACUUCUCCUGAACAACAAUCAAAUCAGGAAGAUUUCCAGGACUGCUUUUGAAGGACUUGAAAAUUUGCUCUAUCUGUGCCUGUACAAGAAUGAAAUUCGUGCACUAAAUAAGCAAAUAUUUAAGGUACUCAUAUCCUUUGAACAGCUGUAUAUUCAUUCUAAUCAACUAGAAACACUACAGUCAGAGACUUUUGGUGAACUUCAGAAAUUAGAACGACUCUUCCUUCAUAUGGUAAAAAUCAAUAAAAUGCCCUUUGAAAAUUUGGGAUCCUUCACUAAAUGAGAUUAUCUGAAAAGAAUGCGCCUGGAUUUCAAUCCUCUGGUUUGUGACUGUGAUUUAAAGUGGCUGGGAGAAGUUUUACACGGCUAUGCCCAAAAUGGCCAGACUCAGGCACCUGCAAUGUGUGACUAUCCUCGAAGACUCCAUGGGUGCCCGGCUGCUUCAGUAACAGUUGAGGAAUUUAACUGUGAUAUUCCCCGAAUUACCUUCAAGCCCCAAGAUGUGGAGGUAACAUCAGGAAAUACUGUUUACUUCACUUGCCAAGCUGAAGGAAACCCCAAACCCAAGAUUAUCUGGAUACAUAACAACCGUUCAUUGCAUUUGGAAGCUGACACUCGACUUAACAUGUUUGAUGAUGGAACACUCAUGAUUCAGAACACCAGAGAGUCGGACCAAAGUGUCUACCAGUGCAUGGCCACAAACUCUGCUGGGGAAGCCAAGACUCAGAACGCCAUUCUCAGAUACUCAAGUCCUCCAGCCAGACCCAGCUUUGUAACUCAGCCCCAGGACACAGAUGUUUUAAUUGGCACCAGCACAACUCUGGGAUGUGUGGCCACAGGCCACCCCCACCCACACAUUACCUGGACCAGGAGCAAUAGAGAGGCCCUGGAUGGAUCCAGGCAGGUGGUGACUUCCAGUGGACUUCGUUUACAGAACAUCUCCCUGGAGGAUCAUGGUGGAUUCACCUGUCAUGCGAGCAAUAACCACGGCUCUGUCCAAGCCACAGCAAACAUAAAUGUACAAGCUACACCACAAUUCACUGUAAGCCCCAGGGAUCAAACAGUCCUUGAGGAACAUGCUGUGGAAUUUCUUUGUGAAGCUGAAGGCCACCCACCUCCAGCAAUUGUCUGGACAAAAGCAGGAGGGCAAAUCCCGCUAAAGGGGCUGCACACAGUUCUGUUCUCUAGCACUUUGAGAAUUGAGUGGGCUGCACAGCACCAUCAAGGCCAAUAUGAAUGUCAAGCAGUUAGUCCCUUGGGGGUGAAAAAAGUGUCUGCCCAUCUGACUGUGAAACCCAAAGCACUCUCAAUGUUCACUCAACUUCCACAGGACACCACCGUGGCUGCUGAAAAGAAUGUAAGCAUUUCAUGUCAUGCUUGAGGAGAGCCUUGGCCCAUAAUUGCAUGGAAUAAGAUAAGCGCGGGUGGCCAGGUCACCGAGAGUGGUAAAUUCCACAUCGACAGUGGAGGCAUGCUGACCAUUUAUGACGCAGGGCAAGUGGACCAAGGGAGAUACCAAUGUGUGGCUCAGAAUUCAGUUGGUCUUGUUGCGGCCAAUAUGUUUCUUACAGUGACGGCAAUACAGGGUGGACAAGCUGGUGAUGACUGUGCUGAAUCAUUAGUUCUUGCUGUUGUUCAGGGGAUUGACAGUGCAGGUGACCCCACAUGCAGACAUUUGUUUUCACAAAAACCUUACACUCCCAGUAAUCUUCUGGCUCAAUUUCAUUACCCUAGUGACCCAUUUACCAUGCAGAGAGCAAGAGCAGGAGACAGUUUUGAGCACCUGCAGCAGCUGAUCCAGGAGCACGUGAAAUAUUUGCUCACUGUUGACCUGGGACCCAGAGAAUUCCGCUACGAUGACCCGGUGUCCUCGAGCCAACGGGGCAACAUCUCCAACCUAUCCCGGUGCACAGCAUGCAGGCAUCAGCCCAACUGCUCGGACCUGUGCUUCCACCGGAGGUACCUGACCCACGACGGAACGUGCAACAACCUGCAGCGGCCGACUUGGGGCGCGUCCCUGACGGCCUUCCUGCGCCUGCUGCCGCCGGCCUAUGAGAAUGGCCUAGACUCGCCACGCGGGGCCGGCGUUUUUACCGUCACCCCCGACCCCGGGUACACUCACAUGUUCAUGCAGUGGGGCCAGUUUUUAGCCCACGACCUGGCCCACGCGGUGUGGACGCUGAGCACCGCCAGCUUCUCAGGCGGGCAGCCGUGCAGCUCGGCCUGCAGGAACGACCCUCCUUGCCUCCCCAUGGCAAUCCCCCAUGGAGACCUCCGGGGCACGCAUGCGAGCUGCAUGUCCUUUGUACGCUCCAGUCCCGUGUGUGGCAGCGGCACCACAUCCUUGAUGAUGAAUUCGGUCCAUGCACGAGAGCAGAUCAACCAGCCCACAGCUAACAUUGAUGCUUCCAACGUGUACGGGAGCUCAGAGCAGCACUCCUAGAUUCUCAGAGACCACAGCGGACUGCUGAAGACGGGCUUGCUUUGGUCCUCUUCUGGAAAGCACCUACUGCCCUUCUCCGCAGGCCCCUCCACCCUGUGCACAGGGCAGGGGCGAGACAGCCGCAGCCCCUGUUUCCUGGCUGGGGACCACCGGGCCAGCCAGCAGCUGGCUCUGACGGCCAUGCACACCCUGUGGUUCCGCGAACACAACAGGGUGGCUGUGGGGCUGUCGGCCCUGAACCCCCACUGGGAUGGAGACACACUUUACCAGGAGGCCAGGAAGAUCGUGGGCGCUGAGCUGAAGCAAAUCACCUAUAGUCACUGGCUGCCCAAGGUCCUGGGGGAGCCUGGCAUGAAGAUGCUGGGGAAAUACCGGGGCUAGGACCCCAGCGUGAACGCAGGCAUCAUCAACUCCUUCGCCAAGGCAGCCUUUCGGUUUGGCCACACGUUAAUCAAUCCUGUUCUUUAUCGAUUGAACGACACCUUUGGUGAAAUCCCCAAAGGCCACCUCCCCCUCCACAAAACUUUCUUUUCACCUUCCAGAAUAAUCGAGGAGGGUGGGAUCGAUCCGCUCUUGCGGGGGCUCUUUGGUGUGGCUGCUAAAUGUCGGGUUCCAUCACAGCUUGUCAACCUUGCGCUGACAGAGAAGUUGUUCUCUACCACCCACGCCGUGGCCCUGGAUUUAGCUGCCACCAACAUUCAAAGGGGUCGAGACCACGGGAUCCCGCCCUAUGUUGACUUCAGAGUUUUCUGUAAUCUAAAUUCUGUUGAGAGCUUUGAGGAUCUUCAAAAUGAAAUUAAAGAUUUAGGGAUUAGACAAAAACUGAAAAAAGACGGAGAUAGGUUCUGGUAUGAAAAUGCUGGAGUGUUUACCCCAGCACAACUCACUCAGCUGAAGCAGGUAUCCCUGGGCCAUGUGCUUUGUGACAAUGGUGACAAUAUGCAGCAAGUCCAGGCAGAUGUCUUUGUACGGACACAAUACGCACAGGACUACCUGAGCUGUAGUGAAAUUCUAAAGAUGGAUUUGCGAGUGUGGCAAGACUGCUGCGAAGACUGCAGGAGUAGAAGACAGCCUCAAAAGUCUGCAUCAGAAUCUCAAAAGAGAAGUUCUGCUCGAUACAGCUAUCCUGGCAAGAAAGAUAUGGACUUAAAUGAUUCCAUAAGUGGGCAAGAAGGUAAGUUGGAUUUGAGAGAAGAUGCUAGAAAUAUGACGGUUCUGGCAAAAACAAAGUUCAUUCAAGAUUUCAGCAAUUUUGCAGUGGAAGUUCAAAAAACUAUCACAGCUCUCAGAGAACAGAUAAACAAGCUGGAGGUCCGCCUGAGGCAGGCGGGAUGCACAGAUGAUGAAGGGACACAAAGGCACGACCAAGAGCGCUGGAUGAAAGGGGACUGCGGGCUCUGUACCUGUGAGAGUGGCCAAGUCACAUGCAUGGUGCAAAUGUGUCCUCCAGCUCCGUGUUCUAGUCCUGAACUGGUGAAAGGUACCUGUUGUCCAGUUUGCCUAGACCAAGGACUGCUUGCUGAUGCCAUAGAGGGGCAGUAA